GCCUCGCCUCGGCGGCCUAUUUCACUAUGAAGAUCGCUGCCAAUUCUGGUUUUGCCACUGACAAGGUAACAUGCAAGACAUGUUCUGGAGUCAAUGGCGAGAAUAGCGACAUGAGCAUUCGUUACUAUGCCCCUCACUUUCUUCUUUCUUCAUUGUUACCUCCUCAAAUGACGUUUUCUCCGUGCUUUCAUUAUGAUCCAUGGACAGACAUGUUAUACUGCGCAUCAUCUCCGACCCCUUUAUCCAUCCUAUCCCUCAUUGACAGCGAAAUACUUACUCAACAUCCUGUUGAAUCCCUUCUAGUCCAUUCCAACAGCCUCUCUCCGUCCGGGAGACUCCACCCAUGAUGACGAAUACCAAGAAGACCAAGACGCAUUCCUCCGACGGUGUGAAGAGAGCUACGGUCCGGUCUUCAACAUCCUGCUCCUCAACAAGGCCCUCACGGUGGUCUCGGGCUCACAGAUCCGGGAGGUCUUCAUGAACGAAGACUUCUCGGCCGGGGAUGCGAUCGAUGAGUUCACGGGGAUGCGGACGUUCUUUGAUAGUGUGAGGAAGAGUAAUAUGGACCUCGAUAACCGGACGAUCCAUGAGGUUGUCAGGGAUAAUAUCUCGCCCAACUUGCAGUUGUUCACCCCGAGGAUCGUAGAACAGUUGGUGAAGAAUCUGGAGAAGGAAUUGGGCACCUGUCCGGCCGAGGAAGGGGGGAAGUAUGUGGAGAAGCCGAUGAAGGUGCUCCAGGAGAUGGUCGCCAGCGCAAUGGCGAAUGUGUUUGUGGGCCCAGAGAUCGCAAAGUCGCGUAAGGUUAUCGACACCUUCAUCACCGCGACCGUCGAUUUUGGCAAGAUGCUCGGUAACGGUCAACGACGGGCCUCCUUCUGGAGAACCUUCAUCAAACGCGCCAAUUACCGGGUCCUCAACCCGCUCCAGGUCCAUGUCCGCACCCUCGUCGAUGCCGCCUCCCCAGUAAUCCUCGAGCGCCGUCGCCAAGAGACCGAGGCCAACGAAAAGGGACUCCAAUAUGAACGUCCGGACGAUGUCCUCCAACGCCUACUCGAUAACUUUGACAAGUACGGCUUUAUCGACCUCGAGGACGUUUGUGGUCAUCUGUUGAUCUUGGUGCUCGCGAGCGUGCACACCACUACGGACACCUCCACGAAUCUACUGUACUACAUGGCCGCCUUCCCAGAGUAUCUGGACAAGUUGUAUGAAGAGCAACAGCAGGUUCUGGAUACGAUCCAAAAAGAGCGCGAAGAACAGCGUCAGGCGCUGCGUGCGAAGAAUGAGGAGAUCGGCGAGGAGCUGGAUCCAACGCAUGACCGGGAUCUGUCCGCAGCGGCGAUCAAGAAGAUGGUCCAUAUGGACUCGUUCGUCCGGGAGGUCUUCAGGUUCCGGACUGAGCGGCUGACCUUGGUCCAUCGGGCCCGUAAGACCGUGACCCUGUCGAGCGGGAUCGUGAUCCAAAAGGGGGGCAACGUGAUCAUUAAUAUGCGCUCGGCCCAUCAGAGUCCCGAACAAGGUGAGGACGUUACAGCGUUCAGGCCGUGGCGGUUUGUUGGCAAGCCCAAGGCUGCGACAAAAGCCGGUGCAGAUUUCUUGCCCUUCGGCAUGGGAAGACAUGCAUGCCCAGGCCGAUUCUUGGCUAUCCAAGAGCUGAAGACGAUCGGUGUGCUGAUGGUUUCCAGGUACUCCAAGAUCGAGAUGAAAGAUCCAUCCAAGACGUCGAAGGCUCUUCGUACACGCAUCGGAGAGCCCACGCCUACUGGCUUGACAUUCAUAAGUCGAUCAUGAACGAAAGCGUGUCCGGAAUUCUUAGUUCAAUAAACCAAAAUUAUAAAGCAAAAGC